AUGACCGCUGCAGCAUUUCCAAAGCGCUUCUCUGCCAUCCCCAAUAAAUUUUCCGCCGAUGGGAACAAGCGGGCAUCCACCGUCAAGCCGGCCAGCAACCCUUUCUCUUUCAAUAAUUAUGCCUUCAGGCCUGCGCCGCAGCCGAGCGCACCGAACCUACCUGUCGAUCCAGCCGAGUUGACCCGACGCCUGGAGCGCUACCUCGCUUCCCUGGAACCAGGAUCAGAUGCAGCGGCGCCUCCUGCACGACCUUCCGCAAUCUCGAGACAAGCGUCGUCAUCGUCAGUGACUGCCGCACGUCAUGCUGCUUCCUCUGGCCAACAGCAGCAGAGCAGAAAUGGAGCUAAUCAGCCGUUGUUGAACCCACGCACAAAAUCUGCCACCGCGUCGGCACAUUCGCCCGCUAGUCCCAACACGGGAACCGCCGCAAGCCUCUCGAAAAAGUCUUCCCAUGCAGCGCUUAACAACGGAAAUACGGCAUUGUUGGCUUCGUCGCGUGCGGUGGCCGAAUCGCUGCCUUACGCCACGGCGCCUCGGUCAAAUGAAGACCUGGUGACGCUGGAAGCACUGCGGCAGGAGGCCCGGAGGGCAACGAGGCGAUCGCUUGCGCUGCACGCGAGUAAAGGUCUCAACGCGCCCGUCGCGGCCGGGGAGCUCGCGAGGCGCCUGAAUGCCCUAGCAGGCAGCGGUGCUGUCAACUCGGCUGGCAACAAUGACCCGUUGCUGGCGCUGAAGUCGUCGUCGCCCGUCACGGGCAAUGGAAAUGUCAAGCGCUCCUCGUCCGCCCGCGCCAACGAGAAGCGCGUCCGCGCCCCGGGAACUGACUUGCGCAAGUCUUCGUCGAUGCGCCUCGCGACUCUGGAGCUUGAGCUUGAGAAGAUGCGCACCAAGGAGGCGCAUGGAAGCCGCAGGAGCACGAGGCGCUCUAUGCCUCUCGUCGGGGCAGAUGCGGACCAACUGUGGCGUGUGUACGUGUCUACGCAGCGCGGGACGAACACACAGGCAAUGGCUCCGGAGCGACAGCAGAAAUCUGUGCGCAAGAGUGCAAGUGCCAGGAGGGCGAGGCCGACCAGCACGUCGGAGCUAGAUGUGAUGAGAGGGAACGGAGGAAAAAUAUUGCAGAAGAGCAGGAGUACCGGGUGCGUGGAGGGAAGCGACGGUACACAGGCGAACGGUGAGCUGGGUAAGUCUGGCGAGCAUGUGUUUGGGAGGCGUCCGGACUGGAGCCAAAGGGAUGAGAUGGAGAAGUUUUCGUCACAUCAUCCUCUUCACUUGCAUGUUCCUGGGCUCGGAAGAAACAGUCUCACUACGGAUGUGCCGAGUGGAGACGAAAGAGGGUUCGCGUCGGAUGGUGAGAGAAAGAGGACGAACAGAACGCCAGAGAUGAAGACAAGCCACAGGCAAAGUGUCCGCGUCGCCGACGUAAGCAAGAGGGCAUCGUCACCAGCAGCACCAGCACGACGCGGCCCGCCGCAAUUGCCAGCGCUAUUGCACAUCCCCAGCCUGCACAGCUCAGACGAAAUCAUCACCCUCCAACAAGCCCCGUCUUCAUCCUCCCCGCUUUCGCCCACCACCGUUCCGUCUCCGAGUAUCACCCUGUCCCCUGUCGACUCUUCCGACACCAUCCCUAUGCACCCAGGUUUCGGCCCCACCAAAAACUCCACCAACCCCCUUGUCAGCAUGAGAACCAGCUCGUCACCCACGCUUCCUCCCCUCCGUCGUUCGUCCUCCUUCGAAGCACGGAUCCCGCAGCACCUCUUCUACUCUUCCGAGGACGGUCAGCUCCACGGCGAACAGUCACCCCAUCAUCAUUCUUUCCCUGGCAAAGCGUCGGGGAUGGCUGCUAUGGCGUUGGAACCGCUGCCGGAAAUCUCGCCGUUGCCUGCGCCUGAUCGCUUCUCCAAGAAGAGGCCGUCCAUGGCUCCCAGGCAGAAGAGCUCCUCAACUACUGUCACUACGACGUCUACUGGGCAGCGGAGCACGAGUGCGACUAAGACAACUGCAAGCGCUUAUGCUGCUACGAACAAGGCUCGUGGAAAGCGUGAGUAUGGGACCGUCAUGUCUCCUGUUUCAGCAUCAGCACCAUCUUCCGUCCCGUGGCCAGGUCCCUCGCAGGGACGAGGGGCAAGGGUGAUGGUUGGUGGCGGCGUCGGAAGGCCGGCCCAGCACCAGCUUCAGCAGCACCAACGGGGUGUGGUGAGGGAAAAGAGGAGUCAGAGCGCGAUGGAGAUGAGAGGGGGAGACGAGCACAGCAACAAUGGUAACAACAACAAUAAGACGCUGGGCAGGAGGAAGAGCGUGGCCUUCGUUUCUAACUCUUAUCCCGCUUCUGCCUCUGCGGACGCAUCUGGUCGUGGUGUGGGACCUCAGGGGCGGGAGACAUCGUCCGGCGGCCCUACUACGGGCAUACAGAGGUCAUCGACUUUGCCGGUCAAGGGAAAGGUAGGCGAGGAUAAGGACGCUGAGGGACACGCGGCGAAGAAUUCGACUAGGCUGGUCUUUUGGCGAAGGGAUAGCGGCAAGGCUGUCGAUGAGGCUAUGCUGAGCGGAGGAGAAGAGCAUCAUAUCCUCAGGAGUCCGAGCCGGUUGGCAUUUUGGAAAAAGGGGAAGUGA